AUGCGUGAUCCCUGAAAUUGACUAAAAACGCGUGAAAUCGGAGUCUGCGAUUCACUUUUCGGAUGAAUUAUCGUCCGGGAUAUACCGUCGUCUUUUACGGCGGCCAAAUAUUUCGCCGUGAACGUGAUUCUCGGCGUCGCGACGCGCGAGUAGGCGGGACUAGUUCUUCUCCGCGAGGUCUGGACGCCGUGUUGCAUUGCACAGUUGGUUGCGCGCCGGUCGUGUGAGUGAGGAGACGUACCGAGUGAAUCUAGAAGUGGUUUAUCGUGUAUUUUGUGGAGUUUUUAUGCAAGUUUUGAGGUGAAACGGUGCUUGGGAGUAUUUUUUAGCCAGGGAGUGCCCUUGACAAGGGUAAGGGAGUUGUGAGCUGUUGGUCCGACUGAAAAAAUGACGACCGACAUCUCGGUGGUGCGCGGGGGUUGGGACCCGACGCUUCAACAGGAGAUUGUCGACGAGUACGAAUACGAUGGAGGAAAUUCCAGUUCGAGACUUUUUGAACGAUCCCGUAUCAAGGCUUUAGCUGGUGAACGUGAAUCGGUACAGAAGAAAACAUUUCAAAAAUGGGUGAAUUCCCAUCUGGUACGAUGUUCUUGUCGUAUCGGAGAUCUCUAUGUCGAUCUUCGCGAUGGAAAAAUGCUUAUAAAGCUGCUGGAAAUAUUGUCGGGCGAACGUUUGCCACGUCCUACAAAAGGAAAAAUGCGUAUCCAUUGUUUGGAGAAUGUAGAUAAGGCACUGCAAUUUUUGCGAGAGCAAAGAGUCCAUCUUGAAAACAUGGGAUCACACGACAUCGUCGAUGGAAAUCCAAGAUUAAGCUUGGGAUUAAUUUGGACAAUCAUUCUACGUUUCCAAAUUCAAGACAUCACCAUAGAAGAAACUGAUAACCAGGAAACUAAAUCAGCCAAGGAUGCUUUGCUUUUGUGGUGUCAAAUGAAGACUGCUGGAUAUCACAAUGUAAAUGUUAGGAACUUCACAACAUCUUGGCGAGACGGUCUUGCGUUCAAUGCCAUAAUACACAAACAUCGUCCAGAUUUGAUCCACUUUGACAAGCUAUCGAAAUUAAACGCGAUCUACAAUUUAAACAAUGCUUUCAAUGUCGCAGAGGAUAAAUUAGGUCUAACAAAAUUGUUAGACGCAGAGGAUAUUUUUGUUGAUCAUCCUGACGAAAAGUCUAUAAUAACUUAUGUUGUGACCUACUAUCACUACUUCUCGAAAAUGAAGCAGGAGACCGUUCAAGGUAAACGAAUUGGUAAAGUUGUCGGAAUUGCCAUGGAGAACGAUAGAAUGAUUCACGAUUAUGAAAGUUUGACAAGUGAUUUACUUAGAUGGAUCGAAGGAACAAUUGAAGCUUUGGGUGAUCGUCGUUUUGCUAAUUCUCUUGUGGGCGUUCAGACUCAACUUUCACAGUUUUCCAACUACCGUACAGUAGAAAAACCACCUAAAUUUGUAGAAAAGGGUAACUUGGAGGUGCUACUGUUUACACUGCAAUCCAAAAUGCGUGCCAACAAUCAGAAACCCUACACACCCAAGGAAGGUAAAAUGAUUUCCGAUAUCAACAAAGCCUGGGAGAGAUUAGAAAAAGCUGAACACGAGCGUGAAUUGGCGCUCAGAGAAGAAUUGAUACGUCAAGAAAAAUUGGAGCAAUUGGCUGCAAGAUUUAACCGAAAAGCCAGCAUGAGAGAAACUUGGCUAUCUGAAAAUCAACGACUUGUAUCGCAAGACAACUUUGGCUUCGAUUUAGCAGCCGUAGAAGCUGCAGCUAAGAAACACGAGGCUAUAGAAACUGAUAUAUUCGCUUACGAAGAACGUGUGCAGGCAGUCAUGGCUGUGUCUCAAGAGUUAGAGGCUGAAAACUACCACGAUAUAGACCGGAUCAAUGCCCGAAAGGACAAUGUUUUAAGAUUGUGGAACUACCUUCUGGAAUUACUGAAAGCACGAAGAGUGCGGUUGGAAUGUUCACUUCAAUUACAACAGAACUUCCAAGAAAUGUUGUACAUUUUAGACAGUAUGGAAGAAAUUAAGAUGCGAUUGUUAACUGAUGAUUAUGGUAAACAUUUGAUGGGCGUUGAAGAUCUUCUUCAAAAGCAUUCACUUGUUGAGGCCGACAUCAAUGUCUUAGGUGAGAGAGUUAAGGCUGUCGUACAACAAAGCCAAAGAUUCUUAGAACAAGGAGAAGAUUAUCGUCCUUGCGAUCCAACCAUUAUUAUUGAACGAGUGCAACAACUUGAAGAUGCUUACGCUGAAUUGGUCCGCCUGGCUGUUGAGCGUCGAGCACGGCUUGAAGAAUCUCGUAAUCUUUGGCAAUUCUAUUGGGAUAUGGCUGACGAAGAGAAUUGGAUCAAGGAGAAAGAGCAGAUUGUUUCUACGGGUGAUAUCGGUCAUGACUUAACUACCAUUAAUUUACUUUUGUCCAAACACAAGGCCUUGGAGAACGAAAUCCAAUCUCACGAACCACAAUUGAUGUCAGUUGCUGCAGUGGGUGAUGAAUUGAUUAGUCAACACCAUUUCGGUUCUGAUCGCAUUAAGGAAAGAUUACAAGAAAUAUUAGGCAUGUGGAAUCACCUGUUAGACUUGGCGGCGUUCAGACGCAAGCGGUUAGAAGAAGCUGUUGAUUAUCAUCAAUUAUUUGCUGAUGCCGACGAUAUCGAUAUUUGGAUGCUCGAUACUCUGCGAUUGGUAUCGUCUGAGGAUGUCGGUCGCGAUGAAGCAAAUGUGCAAUCUUUGCUGAAAAAACAUAAAGAUGUCACUGAUGAACUGAAAAAUUACGCUACAACCAUUGAACAGCUGCAUCAACAAGCAUCGCAACUUGGAGAACACGAUUCUAAGUCUCCAAAGGUAUUAGAAAGACUCGCCUCAAUUGAUUCGAGAUACAAAGAGCUUCUGGAACUGGCUAAAUUGCGCAAGCAAAGAUUAUUAGAUGCCUUGUCUCUGUACAAGCUGUUCAGCGAAUCGGAUGGAGUUGAACAAUGGAUCGGAGAAAAGAACAGAAUGUUGGAAACUAUGGUUCCUGCCAAGGACAUUGAAGAUGUUGAGAUAAUGAAACACCGCUACGAUGGCUUUGAGAAGGAAAUGAAUGCCAAUGCUUCUCGCGUUGCUGUAGUUAAUCAAUUGGCUAGACAGCUACUACAUGUUGAACAUCCGAACUCAGAGCAGAUUGUUGCACGUCAGAAUGAAUUGAAUCAAAAGUGGGCCGAGCUAAGAGAGAAGGCUGAAGGCAAACGUGAAGCACUCAACUCUGCACAUGGAGUACAAACCUUCCAUAUCGAAUGUCGUGAGACCGUAUCUUGGAUCGAAGAUAAGAAACGCAUCUUACAGCAAACCGAUAGCUUAGAAAUGGACUUGACUGGUGUGAUGACGCUACAACGUCGGCUUAGCGGUAUGGAGCGUGACUUGGCAGCCAUACAGGCGAAAUUGAAUGCACUUGAAAAAGAAGCGCAAUCAAUUGAGCAGGAACAUCCUGAUGAGGCUGCAGUCAUUCGUGAACGAAUCACCCAAAUUCAUACCAUGUGGGAGCAAUUAACUCAGAUGCUUAAAGAACGCGAUGCCAAACUCGAAGAAGCUGGAGAUUUACAUAGAUUCUUGCGUGACCUUGAUCAUUUCCAGACUUGGCUUACCAAGACCCAAACAGAUGUUGCCAGCGAAGAUACACCCACAAGCCUUGCAGAUGCUGAGAAACUGUUGACCCAGCAUCAGAAUAUUAAGGAAGAGAUUGACAACUACACGGACGAUUAUCAGAAGAUGAUGGACUAUGGCGAGAGGCUAACAAGUGAGGCUGGAGAUGGAGAUACACAGUACAUGUUCUUGAGAGAAAGAUUGAAUGCCCUGAAAAUGGGCUGGGAAGAGCUCCACCAAAUGUGGGCAAAUCGUCAAAAUCUGUUAUCGAAUUCGUUGAACUUGCAGGUCUUUGACCGCGAUGCUCGCCAAGCUGAAGUUUUGUUGUCUCAGCAAGAACAUAUCCUUACCAAAGAUGAGACUCCGACGAACUUUGAACAAGCAGAAAAUAUGAUAAAACGCCACGAAGCAUUUAUGACUACAUUGGAAGCCAAUGACGAUAAGAUCAACUCGGUCGUUCAAUUUGCGGGCAGGUUAGUUGAGGAAGGCCACUUUGCGGCGGACAAAGUCAAGAAGAAGGCAGAUGCAAUAAAUGAUCGAAGAAACGCCAAUCACGAAAGAGCUAAUCAAGUGAUGGACAAAUUGAAGGAUCAACUUCAGUUGCAGAUGUUCUUACAGGAUAGAGAGGAACUCGUUGAAUGGGUACAGGAAAAACACAUCACUGCUCAAGAUGAAACUUAUCGCAGUGCAAAAACGGUUCAUAGCAAAUGGACGAGGCACCAAGCGUUUGAAGCAGAAAUUGCUAGCAAUAAAGAUCGUCUGCAACAACUGCAACAGGCUGCUGAUGAGUUGAUUCAAUUGAAGCCUGAAUUGGCUGAGAUCAUAAAGCCGAAAGUUGAAGAAUUAUGUGACCAAUUUGAAGAGCUGGAAACAACAACAAAAGACAAAGGAGAGAGACUAUUCGAUGCUAAUCGUGAAGUCCUCAUACAUCAGACUUGCGAUGAUAUCGACUCGUGGAUGAAUGAAUUGGAGAAACAGAUUGAAAGUACAGAUACUGGAUCUGAUCUUGCCUCUGUCAAUAUUUUGAUGCAGAAACAGCAGAUGAUAGAAACUCAAAUGGCUGUGAAGGCUCGCCAAGUUACAGAGCUCGAUAAACAGGCUGAACAUUUGCAGAGAACAGUACCAGACGAGAAGAUGGAAGAAAUAAAAUGCAAGAAGGAGAAAGUUGCGCAAAGAUUUGAACAGCUUAAGGCACCACUUACCGAUCGACAGCGUCAGCUGGAGAAGAAAAAAGAAGCGUACCAAUUCAGGCGUGACGUUGAGGAUGAGAAAUUAUGGAUUGCAGAAAAAAUGCCACAAGCUACCAGUUCGGAAUAUGGUAAUUCCCUCUUCAAUGUUCAUAUGUUGAAGAAAAAGAAUCAAUCUCUCCGUACUGAAAUCGAAAACCACGAACCAAGAAUUAAUUCUGUAUGUAAAAACGGUCAGAAAUUGAUUGACGAGGGACACGAAGAUAGUGCUGAAUUCACUCAACGUAUCUCCGAUCUUUCGGAUAAAUGGCGCGAACUGAAAGAUGCGGUUGACAACAGGAAUAAGCAUUUGUUACAAAACGAAAAGGCACAACAAUACUUCUUCGACGCCACGGAGGCUGAAUCGUGGAUGAGCGAACAGGAAUUAUACAUGAUGGUUGAAGAUCGUGGUAAAGACGAGAUAUCUGCGCAAAACCUAAUGAAAAAACACGAGUCUUUGGAACAUGCUGUCGAAGAUUAUGCCGAUACCAUCCGUCAGCUAGGUGAAACAGCAAGACAAUUGAUAAACGAUCAGCAUGCAUUGAGUGAUCAAAUUGCAGUCAAACAAUCCCAAGUUGACAAGCUAUAUGCAGGACUAAAAGAUUUGGCUGGCGAACGCCGUGCCAAGCUAGACGAAGCCCUUCAAUUGUUUAUGCUAAACCGAGAAGUUGAUGAUUUGGAGCAAUGGAUAGCUGAGCGAGAAUUAGUUGCAGGCAGUCAUGAGUUAGGUCAAGAUUACGAUCAUGUUACUUUGCUCUGGGAAAGAUUCAAGGAAUUUGCUCGUGACACAGAGACAAUAGGAUCGGAAAGAGUCGCAGCUGUAAAUGGAAUUGCAGAUUCUUUGAUUGCAACAGGACAUUCGGAUGCAGCUACAAUUGCAGAAUGGAAGGAUGGCCUGAACGAAGUCUGGCAAGAUUUGCUAGAGCUUAUUGAAACACGAACUCAAAUGUUAGCAGCUAGCCGUGAGCUACAUAAAUUUUUCCAUGACUGCAAAGAUGUUCUUGGAAGGAUCUUGGAAAAACAAAAUGCAAUGUCUGAUGAAUUGGGCCGCGACGCUGGCUCAGUUUCGGCACUUCAACGUAAACACGGCAACUUUAUCCAAGACUUAUUCACCUUACAGUCACAGGUGACACAAAUUCAAGAUGAAUCGUCUAAACUUCAAGCUAGCUACGCAGGGGAUAAGGCUAGAGAAAUCACGAAUAGAGAGGCCGAAGUAGUAGCAGCUUGGAAUAAUUUACAAUCUUUGUGCGAAGGACGUAAGGCAAAAUUGGAAGACACCGGCGAUUUGUUCAGAUUCUUCAACAUGGUUAGAACAUUACUGAUUUGGAUGGAUGAUGUUGUUAGGCAAAUGAACACUUCAGAGAAGCCCCGUGAUGUAUCAGGUGUAGAACUACUUAUGAAUAAUCAUCAAAGUUUGAAAGCUGAAAUCGACACCAGGGAAGACAAUCUUACUGCUUGUCUUGACCUAGGAAAAGAUCUAUUGGCAAGGAAUCAUUACGCUAGCGUCCAAAUUAAGGAAAAACUACUAGCAUUGACUGAUCACAGAAAUGCAUUGUUGCACCGCUGGGAAGAAAGAUGGGAGAAUCUGCAGCUAAUUCUUGAAGUUUACCAAUUUGCCAGAGAUGCAGCUGUAGCAGAAGCUUGGCUUAUUGCUCAGGAGCCAUAUCUCAUGAGCCAAGAACUUGGGCAUACAAUCGACGACGUAGAAAAUCUGAUCAAGAAACAUGAAGCUUUCGAAAAAUCAGCUGCAGCACAAGAAGAAAGAUUUAGUGCUCUACAACGACUCACAACGUCUGAGUGUCCUGAUAAAGAAUGCGGCCUGUACCCACCGGUGCUGGAAUUUAGUCACAAAUUAAUCUUUACUCCGGAAUGUCCUCCGUCAUCUAAAAUCCCUAUAACACAACCCAAAAAAUACCUCAAAUCCCAAGGUGAGAUUGUGCGUGACAUUAUUUUGUACUGUGACAGAUUUAUCAUGCCUGAUACGAUGCAAAGACGUGAGUGUACAUCUACAGGAACUAAAAUCAUUUAUCCAAAUGCUAUAAAUUAUAGAACUGAUAAGACAAAACCCUCCAAGUCUUUUCUAUGGAGUUCUAGUUGGAAUUCUACGAGUAAAACUUCUCAAGGUUCUUCUGGCAGUCAACCUGUAUCACCUUAUGCAGAAUUCACAGAUGUGCCUGUAUUCGAUGAUGAGAUUGUUACUUCCAACGAAAGAAAAACCUUAAGAAGAAUCAGCACAAUCAGUGCUCACAAACCAGAAUUUUUCAGGUUACAUUCCACUCCUGAAAUUGCGGAUUUGACUGUAUUGAUUCCGAGGAAGUAUUGUGUGUCAAACUCUUCCUCGGAUACCGAAUACAGUGAAAUAAUUGACACAGCUUGUGUUCCUGAAAAGAGAACGAAGAGUUCGACCAGUAUUGAUGUCAGUCAUUCUGUAAUGAUCCACAACCUCGUGGAUACUGACAAUGAGUUCAAUCACAAACAUGUAAAUGUCGAACUAAAAACUCAACUAGUCAAACCCACAGAUACACAAAUGAAUGAAUAUGGUCUGGAAGCAUAUCUUAGAGACAAAAAGUCAGAAAAAGCAUUGGCUGAGAUUUCUUUAAACGACGAGUUAUCAAGUGAGGAUAGGCAUAGCCUAGACCUUGAAAAAUCAAUAACUAACAUAAGGAAGUUACGUCUUGAAAUUGGGGCAUUUACGGAUGAUUUAAUAAAAGCAGACCUUGAUCCAAGUGAGUUGCUUAUUUUAGCAGAGCGUUGUUUCUGUAAUGAAGAUAACAGUAUUCGUAGUUUUAAUCAUUUAAUGCAGGUAAAAUUCAAUGAUCACGAUUAUAUGUCAUUGAAAUCACGCGCAAUGCCACCAAAAUCCUCUAAAUUACUAACGAACGAGACAUCGAGUGUCCGUGAACGUAGUAAGUCCCUUUUGGGUCCUAAAGACAAGUUCAAAAAAAGUUCUAAUUUGAACAAAGUUGACCCAAACUUAUCCGCUAUCUCGGAUUCAGAAAAAUCAUUCCCUUCCCAAGACCACUCCUUUUCUUUAGACAAUGUAACCCUGGAAAACAAUGUUACUCAAUUUGAGUUGAGAGAACUUAAACGACAAGAACAAGAAAGAGAAGAAGAAGAAAGGCGUGAACAGGAAGAAGCUGCCGCGGCAGAGGCUGCGAAGUUAGCUAAAGCGACACCUGUCACCAGUCCUGACGAGCCACCCAGUGACAGAGUUGAUGGCGAUGGUAAUCAAAGCGGGGAACAAGCUGGUGAAGAGGAUGGUCAUGUGGCACUACGCAAGCCUUCAACUAGAUCGCCACAAACCCAAGAAAAACCCAAGGAAGUGCAUGUUCAGAAGCCUGCACGACUAUCGACACCAGACGUUUCAACACCGCCGAUUUCUCCAACAUCUCCAAAGUCCCAGUCGUCAUAUCCAACAACACCGACAACUCCGAAGGGUGGCAGUGGUUCUGAAUCCGGUACUUUGCGGCGCAAGGAACGAAGCCGUAGUAAAUCACCAUUUAGAAGUUUCCGUUGGAAAAAAUCAACAAAGUCACCUAGCCUGGAUCGAAGUGGUGUGAGCGAUGAUGAUCAUAGUUAUACUGAACAACGGAGUCCUGGCGAUGACGAAUUUGAAGGAACGUUAACGCGUAAACACGAAUGGGAAAGCACAACAAAAAAAGCCACGAAUCGAUCAUGGGACAAACUAUAUAUGGUCGUACGUGGGCAAAAUUUGGUAGCUUACAAAGAUCAAAAAUCCUACAAAGCUGCUGCCGACCAGCCAUACAAAGGUGAACCACCUCUAGAUCUUAGAGGUGCCUCUGUACAGGUCGCCAGUGAAUACACCAAGAAGAAACAUGUCUUCCGAGUCAAGUCUCAGAGCGGAGCAGACUUCCUAUUCCAAGCUAAGGAUGACGCAGAAAUGCUUGAGUGGGUAUCUCUGUUAAAUCAAGCUGCACAGGGUGUAUCUGGCGCGAGUACAUCUAGAGCACAUACUCUGCCAGCACCGACGCAAGCUGAAACCAAGCGGCGUAGUUUCUUCACACUCAAGAAAAACUAAAUUGGAGCAGUGAAGAGCGUGCUAAGAAGCCGCCAGUACGCGCCAACGCAACAAAUAACGUUUGAAAAAAUGCUUUGUCGGAUAUCGCCUAGCUAAAGGCUGGUGAAGUAAUAAAUUAACACUGAUAAUUAAUUAUUUAACAAGUUAAAAGAAGUCCUUAGACAAAUUGAGAAUGAAAAUCAAUGUAAUUUUCAAAAAUCCAUUUCGCUUUCAAAGUUUAAACCAUUCACUGUAAAGCAAUAUUUGCGAAUAUUGGGAUAAAAAUUGUCGGAAACUUGAUGGACAUUUUAAUUUUGAUGUCGAGUGUUUCAAUUCACUAAAUAUCACUGAAACUGGUCAAGGAUAAAUAAAGUUCAACGUCCCGAGUUAACAUGGCUGAUGUUAUUGCGUUUUUAAAUGAGUUAUUUCGUCUAUGCCCUUGUUUUCAUUUUGUUAUUAAAUUUUCGUUUAGUAUAUUUUAAUGUUAUAGGGAAACAAAAUACUUAUAUAAAUUAUUUACUUGUACAAAGCAGGUUUAAUUCGAUAGAUGAAUCAAAUGAUGUCAGUUUUUAUACAUGUUUUUUAGAACAAAAGCAAACAUUACAGAUCGUAUCCAAGUUUUAGGUAAAAAUUCUGGUUUAGUGAAAUAUAUUUUCAUUAGGAAAACAUACUGCUCCCAGCAUUAUUUUGCGGAUAUUUCAUGUGAAUAUUUGUUGAAUGACAAGUCCAAAAUAUGUGCAAAUGCUUUGGAUUAAUAUUUAUGUGUAAUCGUUUCUAAACCGUAUCAUGUGAAAAUUAAAUUUUCCCACUUUACUAUGCCUUUUAUUCAUUCUUUGACCACUCGAGUAUGGUAAUUAUUUUAGCUGUACAUUUUUAGCCAUGCUGAUGCGGGACACUUCACAAUAAAGUAGGUUAAUAAAUUGCAGUUUAAAGUUAUUUUAAAAAUAUGUCUAUCGCAAAGAUAUAUCACAUUACAGAAAUAUUAAAAAUUUGUAAUAAUUAAAAAAGAUUUCUUCAAAAUCCUAAAUCUCAUAGUUUAACUAAAAGAAAAGGUUAGACGGAUCUUCGAUUUUUUGCCAUCUAAAAGCAAUUGAGACCUGUAUCACACAAGUAAUGAUAUAUAUUAAAAAGAUUCGUUUCAAUUCUAUCUCUAUAUGUAUAUCGAAAAUUGGAAUUGUAAGAGAUACUUGUUUAAUACAGGUUUAGAUAUUCGCAUAGCAUAUGGUGGCUUGUAUAUUUUUUAAUUGUUACUUUUUUAAUAUUUUAAAAACCUAUCCUACUUUUUAGAAAUUAAGAUCAGAUUUCAAGAUUACGAAUUUGCUAUGUAAACUUCAUGGACAGCUUUAGGGCAUCAUUGCCUUCUUAAAAUUGUAUGUUCUUUGUUUUCAUUCAUAAACGUAACUCGUCUUUAGUUUAAACGAAAAGUAUGUGUAUGAUUUGGAAAUCUACUUUGGCAAAAGACAUACUAUAAUUCCAAUCAUUAUUUUAUUAUCUUAUUAUUUUAAUUACCAUACGUGAUUAAAGUACCUAUCGAGUUACGUUGCAAAUAUAAAGAAAUAAAAACCAACUAUAUUGUU